AAUUUAACAGUCGACAUAUUGUUUGAAAUUUCAAAUGUGCAUUAUUGUUUUAACAGUCUUCCUGCUUGAUCAAGAUCUUAGACCUCAAUCCUAAAGCAGGAGCAAAAAUAUGGCUCAAGUGAUGAACAUUGAGAUCACCAAGAAGGAAAUCAUAAAACCAUCCUCUCCAACUCCCCACUACCUCAAAAGGUUCAAGCUUUCUCUUUUGGAUCAGCUUGCUCCAGUAGCCUAUGGUCCUCUGGUUCUUUUCUACCCCAACAAUGUCAAUGGGGUUGCGACGGAGGAAAGAUCUCAGCAGCUGAAGAAAUCACUCUCGGAAACCUUAACCUGCUUCUACCCUCUUGCCGGAAGAAUCAAAGAUAACAUCUUUAUUGAUUGCAAUGAUGAGGGGGCUAUUUACGUUGAAGCUCAAGUCAACUCCCUUCUCUCAACCUUCCUUCAUCAACCCGAUUUUGAUUUUCUAAAAUUGUUCCUUCCCAUUGAGGUUGGAUCCUCUGAAGCAGCAACUGGGCCUCUUUUACUUGUUAAAGCCAGUUUCUUUGAGUGUGGUGGAUUGGCCAUAGGCGUGUGCUUCUCACACAAGCUUGCUGAUGCAUCAACUCUUGGCCUUUUCGUCAAAGCUUGGGCUGCCACAUCUCUUGGUAUUGGUGACACUGUGGUACCGGACUUCAGCAGUGCAGCAAUCCGAUUCCCGCCUAGAGAUUUCUCGGUGCAGAGGCCUGCCGUGGAGAUGAAGAUAGGAAAGUGUGUGACAAGGAGAUUUGUUAUUGAUGGACCAAAGAUGAGGGAUCUUAAAGCUAAAGUCACUAGUGGAAGUGUUGAGAAACCGACAAGAGUUGAAGCUGUUACUAGCCUCAUAUGGAGUUGUGCAAUGAAUGCAUCAAAAUUAAGUUCAGGGGCUUCAAAUGUGUCAAUGGUGUCACAAUCGGUGAACAUACGCAAACGGAUUGUGCCACCAUUGCUGCAAACCUCAGUUGGGAAUCUUGUGGGGUACUACGCUGUAAGGACGGACGAGAGUGGGAUAGAGUUGAAGGAAUUGGUUUCCCAAAUGAGGAAGGCAAUGAUCGAGUUUAAUGAAAACCAUCCCAAGAGAUUGAAAGGGGAAAACAUGUUCGAAGUCAUUUGCGAGUAUUUUAAAGAGAUUGGAAGCAUUAUGAGAAGAGAUGACAUAAACUUCUUCAUCUGCACAAGUGUAUGCAACUUUGGAAUAUAUGAGAUUGAUUUCGGGUGGGGGAAGCCAAUUUGGGCGACCAUCCCUGGUGGUACACUCAAGAAUGUUGCUACUUUGAUGGACACCAUAGAGCGUGAUGGAGUAGAUGCAUGGAUAAGUUUAAGUGAGGAAGACAUGGCCAUAUUCGAACGUGACCCGGAACUUCUUGCAUUUGCUUCUGUAAAUCCAAGUGUAUUUGAACCUGUAACAAGGAGCUCUUCUCUUUAAUUUCUUAGGAUAUCGUUGGUGUUUGUUUCUGUUUUGUGUUUCUAAAAUUGUUCGUGCAUGUUUGGCUCAUAAUUAAUAUGGUACCAUUUCUUGUGUUUCUUAUUUCAUAUGAAGUUUGAAUAAGAUGCAGCUGUGUGUUGUGCAGUGUCAUUUUAAUUGCA